CCUUCGUCGAAGUGUAUGGCCACACUUGCAUUAACUGGAUCAGCUGGCUUGUCAGCCAAUCAGGAUGAACAGGUUCUCGUAGAUGCGCUUCCAUAUCUUGAUACUGAAUACAACGAUGCAGACCGUCAGACUGCCCUGAGAUUGAUUGAUCAAGAAUGCAAGAACUACCUGAAACACUUACCCGUACCGGAUUUCGAUGUUUUCCUUACUCCGGCUAUGCUCAAAGAACAGGCGAGGAUGUCUAAGAAGCAGGAAAUGCCAAAGCUGGAUAUGAGUCGAUGUGAAUUACCUUGUCCAUCCGGCACAUCACGAGCCAUAAAAAACGCGAAAGCCCAAAAUGAACAUCUUGUGAUGAGGCAAAUAAAUCUUGAGCUGAUGGAGGAGUACGCAGCUGAAACGUAUCUGCGACGGAACAAGGAACUGGAGCAGCUUUGCACUGAAGCGGAACGAGAGCUCAGACGUACUAAGGAACAGGUGAUGGAGAUUCAUGCUCGCCGUAAAAUGGCUCAAUUAGAAGCUGGACGUCAGUUAAGAGAUCUCGAGGGCAGUUGGGUAGCUAUGGUCACGAACAAUUACAGGAUGGAGCUAGCUAAUAAUCAGUUGGCAGCUGAGAAUGCGCAGAUGGCCAAGAGACUACGACUUGAUCCCGCAGCAAUUGAUAAGCUUAGCUAA